GUAGUUUCUUACAGGGCAACGUUGGAUGACACGUCAGUCGAAACCAUUUCUGUGAGUAUUGUAAACGCAGUGUUUGGAUGAGCCGUCAGUGGAGGGAGAAAGUUCACCAGUGAAGUUACGGGAAAUACUGAGAAAUACUCAUCGAAAACUGAGCGACGUGAACAUUACAGUGGCCAUUCCUUCCCUCAGAAGUCCUUUUCUGAACAUGGCCAGUGGUACGCACGAGAAUGUAAAGAAAUAUUACAGUUCUCUGGAGACUGGAGAAGAUUUGCAGACCAGCGCUGCUUGCCCUGUACCCUCUCACCUGCCCUUGCGAGAAAGUGCCCGGGAAGCCCUCCAACAAGUCCAUCCAGAUGUUUGCAAAAGGUUCUUUGGUUGUGGUGUGGUGAUUCCAGAGAAGUUGAAGGGGUGUUCAGUUCUGGAUUUGGGAAGUGGGUCAGGCAGGGACUGCUACAUUCUCAGCAAACUGGUUGGAGAAGAUGGUCAUGUCACUGGUAUUGACAUGACAGAGGAACUGGUACAAGCAUCAAGAAAAUAUAUCCAGUACCAUGCAGAGAAGUUUGGUUAUGCCAGGCCAAACACGGUCUUUGUAGAAGGAUACAUGGAGAAGCUCAGUGAAGCAGGAAUCCAGAACAACUCAGUGGAUGUGAUUGUAUCAAAUUGUGUGAUGUGCUUGUGCCCAGACAAGAGAGCUGUUCUAAGUGAAGCUUACAAGGUGUUGAAGGAAGGUGGUGAACUUUACUUCAGUGACAUGUAUGCAAGCAAUGUGGUUCCAGACUCUUUCAAAGACGAUCCAGUUCUUUGGGGUGAAGGAAUGGCUGGCGCCCUCUACUGGCAAGACCUCAUCUCCGUUGUGAAGGAACUGGGCUUCAGUACGCCUCGCUUGGUGGCUGCUAGCCGCAUUCAAGUCUACAGUCCAGAGCUCCAAAAGAAAGCAGGUGAUAUUAAAUAUGCAUCUGGGACCUAUCGUAUCUUCAAACUGCCCAAUUACUCCACGCAGACAAAAGCACUUAUCACAUACAAAGGGACUGUGCCAGAGUGCGCUGAGUGUUUUGAGUUGGAUUCGUCGUACUCCUUUAAGACAAACGUAGCAGUGGAGGUGGAUGCUGAAAUUGCUGCCAUCCUAAAGUACACACGAUUCUCCUCAGACUUUGUUGUGCAGAUGACAGACAAGCCCGAUUCUGGUCUCAGCUCUGCUGAACAGGAUUGCCACCUGAGCCCGUUCUGGCUGGCAGACAAACUGCGCUCCUGUGUGAAGCAGUGCUCAAAGACGGGCAAAGCGGGCGUCUGUGGCAGCGAGACAGCCAGUGGAGCUAAUGUGGGAGCGCAAACCUUGCAGGGGUACAGUGUUUCUGCUCUGCACCUUUAAACAGUCUAUAGCAAUUCAAAACAGCUCGCUGGGCCUGUGAGUUCUACAGGUUUCCUUUGUGUCUCCUCCUUCACUUUCCUUUUUAAACCAAACCAAUAGGCUUUGGUGCUCAUCGCUGUUGUCUAGAGCUCUUGUUAUUUUAAAGCGCUCUCAUAAAAAAGUAUGCUGAAUAAAUUGUUGUAUGAACUUACUUUAAUUAUGCCACACAUUUACAAUCAGUCAAACAGAAUAUUCAAACAUUGUUGUUGCUGUUGCAAUUAACGUUGACAUUGUCUGUGAAAAAUACCUGAAGUGCACUAAAUGGACAGUAUUAGUUUUCCAUCAGUAAUGUGGGGUAAUGUAAUUUUGCCAGAGGAUGUUUGUAAUGUUUAUGAUCAGUCAACAUGGAAUAAGAAAUCUUGGUUUAAAUGGUAGAGAUGCAAGUGGCUUCUUCAUUUACUCAAUGUCUUCACUCCAAAAGAGUAGAAAACAUGUCAAAACAUAUAUUUAAACUGUUUUUAGCUUAAUUAAAUGAAGUGAAGCAUUAGCACUGAUUUCAAUUUGGGAAUUUACAGAACAUAAUCAAUAUCACUGCUUAAAUAGUUUUUUUUAAAACAAUUUAGUGUUUAAAUGUUCGGACAUUGACUUGGGUUGAGCAGAGAAUAUAAAUAAAUGCUUUUUUGAGCACCUAUGUAUUUAAGAAAGACAGCACAAACUUCUUUAACACAAAAUAAGAUGGAUUAACAUAAUAUGGGGUUAUUUCUGUGGUUCAUUCAUAGCUGCCACAUAAAAAUGGGACUAAAACCAGUGAGAAGUUUUCUCCUUAUGGAAGAUGAAUCAUGUCUAAAUAAUAAAAAAUAAGACAUAGUGAUCAUGAUGGUGAUGGCAAACAUUAAAGCAGUUGUGCUCAGGCCUGUUGUUCCCACAUGUCCUUGGAAAACCUGGAUGUGUAUAUACUAGUUUUCUAGUCACAAAAAAACACCUGGUCAAUAAGAAAAUUGAUAAAAUGUCCUGGAAAAGUGUCAAUUUGGCCCGUUAAACCAAAAAAAUUGCAUAUUUCAGCAUAUUUUUAGCUGCUGUUGGCCAAUCUAUUCAUAUCCAUUUUGUAACGCUACAGUGUGACAUGUGGACAGAUAAGUAAACAUUGUGUUCAAGCACCUGGUAGAGCAAGGCUUCAUUAACACACAGCAGCUUCUUUCAGCAAGACUUGCGAUCAAAUGAUAAUCAGUUUAGUAAUAGUUUAUUUCAGUAUCAGACAGUCAUUCAGUCAGUAAAGGAUCAUUAGUGGUCAAUAUUGUUUACUUUAAUGUUAAAUAUGUUGUACAAUGUACAAUUGUGUAUGUAAGGCAUUGUCCUACAAAAGUCGAGGAAAAGGAUUUCCCUGUUUAACCUUGUGAUAGGUUUUAUAAUAAGCUGAUGAUUUGGUUUAGGUGUUUUAAGGCAUGAAAACACUGAUAAACACUGAUCUAAAAUAUGUAUAGCACUGGGCAGUUCAGUACAGCACAAUAUGAAUACUAAUCCAAAUGAAAAACGUAACUUUACUCUGGUCAAAUACCUGUGACCACUUCCCAUUGCAGAACAAUACAUGGUUGCAUUUGGCCGGGCAAUGAUCUCACCAUCUAUAACUCUGCACUUGUCCCUGUUCAUGACGCUUGUCACUUUGUCAGCAUAUGGUUCUGCACUGUCUGGUGCAAAAAUACCAGAGAACAUACUAAUGACAGUUCAUAUUAUUGCCCCUAGAUGGCAGUAAAGUCCUGAAAUUGAAGACUUUUUAAUGAAUUUGUUUCACCAUUCGGUCUCUCACUGGUGUAAUAACCGCUGACGUAAUGAUUAUUGUAUUCUUACAAUGCCACAAAGUGUGCAGUCAAUUUGAUAAUUAGAAAGAGCAAUUAUCUGUCACACCGAUUUGCUAAAUAGGCAGCGGAGCAAUCCACACAAUCAGUGGGCAUUUAGUAAAACUCACCGUUCACAGAAAUCAUUGGAUUUGAUGUUCAUUAGAAAAUAAUGCUUAUAUGUCUUAUACUGCUUUGUACAAUAACAAUGCGACAAUAAUAAUGACAAUGAAUAAACAUGUAUGCAAAGAAAAAGUCUUCAAAAGUAACCUAGUUAUGCUUUAAAGGUUAGCAAAUACAUUCACAUUUUUAAGUCAGAGUGUGUAACUUGAGCUUCAAGCGAUUUGAUCUUUGAAACAUGAGUUCAUUUAACAGAAAAGAAGGAUUGCGGUUCAUUUCUAAAAUGCAUAAAAAUACACAUUUCUGUUCAUGAUA